GUCGACUGCGCGCUUGCUUUUAAUAAUUUUUCGCAAUAGAUCAUUACGUUGCAUUGCAGAAGUAUAGUCAUGAAAAUUUUUGCUGUGUUUAUGUUCUUAAUUUCAGCCACUCAUGCUGACAAGAUUGUUGGGGGGACAGACGCGAGAGGACCAAUCUCAUACCAAGUACGACUCCAGUAUGAGACAGGUAGCAUUCGAUGUGGGGGAACACUUAUCCAUCAAAAUUGGGUUAUGUCUGCUGCCCAUUGUCAAGGAAGACCAAACGAAUGGAGUACUUGGAAGUUAGCAUUUGGUUAUUACGACGGGCUUCAUGAAGGAGUUCAUAUACAUGAAAUAGCAGAUCAAAUUGCCCAUCCAGAAUACAACUCCGGUACUACCGACAAUGACGUUAUGGUACUGAAAACGCACGGAACCGUUUUACUUUCCAAUUCUGUUCAAGUCGCUGCCCUUCCUAUGCACUAUGAAGGACUUGACCUACCUGAAUACGGAUCUCCUUGCAUUGUUAGUGGAUGGGGAACUACCUCAUCAGGAGGAACUGUGUCAAAAUAUCUACAAGAGGUGACCGUAUACGUCGUUCCAAAUGCGGAAUGUAACAUUCCUUACACCGGCUCAAUUACGACUGGAAUGAUGUGCCUUGAAGCUCCCGGAAAAGAUUCGUGUCAGGGAGAUUCUGGCGGCCCAGCUUUAUGUGGCAACACUGUUUCCGGUAUUGUAUCUUGGGGAAUUGGAUGUGCGUUAGACAGAUUUCCUGGGGUAUACACGCGUGUAUCUCGCUACGUGAACUGGAUUGUGGAAAAUACAGAUAUUACAAUGUAG